CUAUCCUCAUCUGCCCAGCCAUGUACACUGGCUACAACGAGUCCCUGCUUAUCCUCAACCACGUCAUGAAUGGCCCAGCCUGCAAGGGAACCUUAGAUCAAAGUGUGAUUCCACCUGUCGUGAGGUUUGAAUUCCCCCUCAACACAACCAAUUCCUGUGGCAGCCUCUUCAGGACAAGCAGCACUGCAGGCACAGGAAUAUUCUCUGACCUCUCCAACCUCCAGACAGUCAACGUCAGCGGGGUGGUCCGAGCAUAUGAUCCCGCCACAGGGCCAGUCACUUACAACACUGUGUUGAAGUAUUAUUACUCCUGUGCCUAUCCCUUAGAGUACCUGACCAACAACACCCAGAUUGAUACGUCUGCAUCCUCCAUUGCGGUUAAGGACAACAAUGGCACUUUCAUCAGCACUUUGAGUCUUAAUCUUUUCAGCGAUGACAACUACAUUUCGCCCUUAAUCAUUCCGAAACAGGGUCUUGAGCUGAGGACCGAAAUCUACACUCGAGUCCAAGCCACCAACCUGACCUCCCAUUACCAUGUGUUCCUGGACCAAUGCUACGCCUCCAUUUCUCCACAACCCGACGGUGACAACUCCACUAUCUUUAACCUGUUUGUCCCUUGCAACGUCGACCCGUUGACCGUCAUCAAAGAGAACGGAGAGAGUCAACGUGCCUGCUUCUCCUUCCCGGCCUUCCGAUUCAUGGAGCAACCAAAUGAGAUGAUGUCCACCUACUUCCUCCACUGCAUCACCCGUCUCUGUGAGGAGAGCGCCUGCACUACUCUUAAACAAUGUACCAACCGGAGGAGAAGGACUGCUGUAGACGGAGUGACAGGGUACACAACCAUUAGCUCUACUCCUAUCACCAUCAGAGCAGAAAGAGAUGUGCCAAUAAAAGAACAGGAGACUGCCAGCAACAACUCAGACACUUCUACAGGACUUGGUGUGGCAGUGGGCUUUCUGGCAUUUGUCUGCAUUAUUGUCAUUACAAUGGCAGCAGUGACACUCAAACCAUUAAAAAGGGGGUUGACUGCUCCGCCUCGAUUGAGUUGA